CACCGCUCCAACCUCCUCCGCCAUCUUGGCCGCUUCACCACAACGAGGCGGGCGUUAUGCGCGUCACUUCCACUUCCGGUCUAGCUGCCGGUAACUUCCGGAUCCGGCACGGUAACGGCUGUGGCGGAGUGACGCAGGGCUCGGUAACCAUGAUCGAAGUCGUCUGCAACGACCGUCUGGGUAAAAAAGUGCGGGUGAAAUGCAACACCGAGGAUUCCAUCCGAGACCUGAAGAAGCUGAUCGCGGCCCAGACCGGGACACGCUGGGAUAAAAUCGUGCUCAAGAAGUGGUACACCAUUUUCAAGGAUCACGUCACGCUGGGCGACUAUGAGAUCCACGAUGGCAUGAACCUGGAGCUCUACUACCAGUAGCGGCUGCCAUCCCCUCCCGGUUCCCCCCGGUGCUCUCGUCUCCGUUCCCCCCUCCUCCAAUCCCCCUCCCCCUCCCCGGUAUGGCCGUGUUGAGGCUUUAAACCUGCUGUAGCUACCCUGGAGUGUUUAAGUGGUUUAUAAUAAACGUGUCUCUCGA